AUGGAACAUUCUUGUGAAGACUACGACGAGAUAUCCGGGAUGAUGACUCAGCGUCAGGAGGACGCCACGUGGCACAAUCAGCAUUCAGAUGCCCAGGAAUUCGAGGAGCAGAACGGUGCACCGGGGAAUGGAAGCGGUAGACGAAGGGAACAGGAAGCUUCUGAAACAUCCCACGAACUUUCCUACCUCACGGGGGUUGCUGCGGAUCGAGCGGAAAGAGGUGUUGGUCUAAGAAAGGGGCAAGGGUGCGGGGGUGGGAGGGGGGAUGUUGCAAGAGAGGGGCGAGCGAGUGAGUGGGGGAGGGAGAGGGGGGUCAGUGUAGGGGAGGCGCGUGAGAAAGGUGUGAGUGUGAGGGUGGAGAGUGGGAGAGGUGUGAGUGGGAGGAGGGAUUAUGAGGAAGAGGAGGAGGAAGAGGAGGCGAAAGAGGGGGAAAAAGAGCAUGUGGUGGAGGUGGUGGGAGAAGAGAAGGAUGAGGAGGAAGAGGAGGGGGAGGAUGAAGCUGGUGUGAUCGAGGUUUCAGACACAGAUGGUGAGAGUGAGGAGCAGGGGAAAGAAGAAGGCCAGGAGGAAGGUGGGGAGGGAGGUGGAGGGGAAGGUGGGGAGGAAGGUGGAGGGGAUGGUGGGGAGGAAGAGGAGGUGUAUGGGAGCGUGGAAGAGGCUGACGUGGACUGUCCAAUCUGCGGCUGCCACCUGUCCCAUCUGGAGCCAAUCAGACGCGAGCAGCACUCCAACGCAUGCCUGGAUGCCUGGGGACGGGACAGGGGGGAAGAAGAGGAGACAGAGACUUGCAAAAUGGGAGCCGAUACCGAUGCCAGGGGAAGGGACAGGGGGGAAGAGGAGGCGAAGAUGUGGAGAACUAGAGUUGGUGGCAGAGUGAAGGGCACAGGGGAGACGCGAGAGGAGAGUGGGGAGAGGGUCGAGGAGGAGGGAGCGGAGGGAGAGGAGGGAGGGGAGGACGAAGAGAGAGGAGAGGGAGGGGAGGGAGAGGAGGGAGAGGAUGCGAAUUCCGCAAUGGCUAGGAUGUUGUGGAAGAGGAUAGAUGCGGGUGGCAUGGGGAUGACGAUGGGGGCAUGGAGGAGGAGAGAGACGGUGGGGGUGAGGGGGGAGGAGUGUGAGGGAGAGGAGGAGGAACGGGAGGGGAAGGGCAAGGGAGAGAAGGGAAGGGGAAAGAAGGAGAUGGAGGACAUGGAGGAAACGGAGGAGGAAAGGCAGCAAGCGGGUGGACAAUCAGGUGGAAAUUCAGGGGAUGUUUCAGGUGGUUUAUCAGGUGCUGUUGGCGCCCAAAAAAAACUAAUCACUGACUUCUUUGGAGGCGGCAACAGGCACAGGCCACGUCAGCAGCAACAACGGCCCCAGCAACAGCAAGCGCCUGGGGCAGCCGCUUCAUUGGCUGAGGUUUCCCGUGGGCACCAGCAGGGAGCAGGACGAGGCGUGAAGUGGGGAGGAGGAAGGUUCGCAGGGAGGGGCGGGAGUGGGAGCGCGGGACGAGGAGGGAUGUCAAAAGGGAGAGGUGGUGGCUGGCACGGGGGGAGAGGGCGAGGUGGGGUGUCGUUACCAGAGGCGUGGGAGAUGAUCCCAGGCACUGACUUCCUGGUGGUGAGUGCGGUAGGGUAUUGUGACUACAACGGCCUGACCAAAUCAUUCCGCUUUGGCACAGUCUAUUGCUCCGCAGUCACUGCCCGGCUCGUGAAACUCCGUCUCGGGCUGCCCGAAGAGAAAAUUUGCGAGCUGCCCGUGGGCGAGCGGGUAGAGAUCGCUGGCGUGGGUGUGACACUAAUGGAUGCUAACCACUGCCCGGGGGCAGUUAUGAUUCUGUUUGAACCUCCCAAUGGACAGGCAGUGCUCCAUACGGGCGACUUCAGAUGGCACCCCUCCAUGGCUGCUCUGCCCUGCCUCGCUGCCACGAGCAUUCACACACUCAUCCUCGACACCACCUACUGCCACCCCAAGGGUGUUCUUGAGAAUUCUCAAAAACAACCCUCCGUCCCCCCUUCCCCUCUCCUCAACCCCACCACGCCAUACGAGUUCCCUCCUCAGGAGGCGGCGCUGCAGUUUGUGGUGGAGGCCAUUCAGGCAGAGACGAGUAGAUGGACCCAAUCUAACCCUUUCGAUCCAUACCCUUCCAACUCCACCCCCAUCCACCCCACAAUGCAGUACGAGUUCCCUCCUCAGGAGGCGGCGCUGCAGUUUGUGUACGAGUUCCCUCCUCAGGAGGCGGCGCUGCAGUUUGUGGUGGAGGCCAUUCAAGCAGAGGCCUUCAACACCAGCGCGCUCUUUCUCAUCGGCACCUACACCAUCGGUGAGUUUGCUGCUGCUGCUGCUGCUGCUGUGCUCUCUUGCAAGCCGUUGUGGUACCUCACGAGGCCUUCAACAGCAGUGCGCUCUUUCUCAUCAGCACCUACACCAUCGAGGCCUUCAACAACAGCACUCCGUAUCGAGAGACACACACCAUCAAUGGGUUCCCUGCUGCUCAUUGCCAGUUUGCCUUGUGUGCUCUCUAUAAGCCGGGGGUGGUCAGAAGACUCUCUAUGUGAGGGCGGUGAAGGGACACCUGAGGUGGUCAUAGAGGGACUCUCUCUGAGCCUUGGGGGCAUAGCACAGGUGGUGGCUAUCGCGACUUUCCACUCAUCCCUGUGUGCAACCCCCACAUCCACUGAGGCGCUUGAGCGGAGUGUCUAUGUGCCUUGGGCGGUGAAGAGCCACCUACUGGCGUGCCUUGGGCUCUCGCAUGAUGAUGACAUAGCCGUAUGCAAGGAGAAGGUGUUCCUGGAAGCAGCUAAGGCUUUAAAGCGGAAGGUGUAUGUGGGGGCGGUGAAGAGGCGCCUGCUGGCGUGUCUAGGGCUCUCACAUGAUGAUAUGGCGUGGGUGGCUGGGGAUGGCGAGGAAGCUUCCACGAACCUGCACGCCGUGCCGCUCUGGUCAAUCUCCAGCUUCAAGAGGAUCGAGCACAUUGCCAAGUUCCACAGGCAACGUUAUUCCACCAUAAUCGCCUUCUCACCAUCCGGGUGGGCGUUUGACAAGUGCAAGAAGGCUCGGCCCAUCAGGCGAACGCAGCGAGGCACCAUCGUGAGGUAUGAAGUACCCUAUAGUGAGCACAGCAGUUUCUACGAGCUUCAGGAGUGUGUGAAGGCCGUUAACCCGGAAGUCAUCAUUCCAUCUGUGCACAAUCGCGGGCAUGGAGCAGCACAAGCCAUGGUCACAUUACUGGCUGAAGAGCAGUCUAGUUAG